AUGUGGCGUUAUUUCACUCGUCAUAAAACCAGACGAUAUGUAGACGUCUUACCGGAUUUAGUAUAUGCUUACAAUCAUUCUUAUCAUCGAAGUAUUAAAAGAGCACCAGCUCAAGUGAAUGCCUCUAAUGUAUUAAAAGUCUGGAAAACUUUAUAUGGGGAAAAAUCUCAAACAUUCUCUAAAAAACCUCAAUUUAAACAAGGAGAUCGGGUCCGCAUUAGUAAAGCUAAACGCACUUUUGAAAAAGGAUAUUUACCCAAUUGGACUACAGAAUUGUUUACCAUUUCUAAAAGAGUGCCUGGAAGAUAUCCUUAUGUGUAUAAAAUCCAAGAUGAUCAUGGUGAGGAAUUAGAAGGCACUUUUUACGAGAAAGAAUUACAACAGAUUAAUAAAAAAGAUGAUGUGUACGAAGUAGAAGAAAUUUUGGGGUAUAAAAAGCGACGUGUAGGGAAAAAAAUCAUUCAAGAAGUCAAAGUGCGGUGGAAAGGAUAUCCUCCUAGUUUCGAUUCAUGGAUUCCCCAAACGGAUCUCAUUCAAUAA